AUGAACAAGCAACUAGCUUCCACAAUGGACCAACAUACCACCCACAAUAAAAUGCUUAAAAAUCAAAUUGCUCAGCAGGCAGGUUCUUCAAGCAAGACUACAAGUAAGCUGCCUAGUCAACUGGAGAUGAACCCAAAGGAGCAUUGUAAGGCAGUUACAUUGAGAAGUGGAAGAGUUCUAGAACCGUCAAAGGAAGAAUCAACCGAGAAAAGCUCUGAUAAAUCUGAAAACCAAACAGAAGAAAAAAAGGAAGAAGCCAAAAAGUACCAGGAAGAGGAAGCAAAGAAGAAGCAGAAACUACCAGAGCCAUAUCAGCCUCCUCUACAUUUUCCUCAGAGAUUCCAAAAAGCUAAGUUAGAUAAGCAGUUUGAAAAGUUUUUAGAAGUUUUGCAGAAACUCUAUAUUAAUAUUCCUUUCACAAAAGCACUCUCUCAGAUUUUUUCCUAUAUGAAGUUCCUUAAGGAAAUUUUAUCAAAAAAAAGAAAGCUGCAAGAAUAUGAGACUGUCGCUCUUAUAGAGGAAUGUAGUGCCAUAUUGCAAAAUAAGUUGACACCAAAACUCAAGGAUCCAGGAAGCUUCUCCAUACCUUGUCUCAUCGGCAAUAUGAAUAUAGACAAGGCCCUUUAUGAUAUCGGAGCGACUGUAAGUCUAAUGCCCUUAUCAGUAUGUCAAAAGCUGGAGGUAGGAGAGAUUAAACCUAUAACAAUUUCGCUGCAACUGGCUGACCGAUUUGUCAAUUACCCUAUGGGCAUUCUAGAAAACAUUCCCAUCAAAGUGGAAAAACUCUUCAUCCCAGUUGAUUUUGUUAUCUUAAAAAUGGAGGAUGUCCAAAUUCCUAUCAUCCUAGGAAGACCUUUCUUGGCAACCACCGAAGCUAUCAUACAUGUUAAAAAUGGGCGGUUAACUCUAAAGGUAGCAGAUGAAGAGGUGGAAUUCAACUUGUUCAACAUGAUGAAGCAUAAACUUGAACCUGAUAAAUGCUUUAAGGUUGAUAUAGUUGACAAGCAAGUUGAAGAGGAAUUUUCAUAA